AUGGCCGAGAGCGCCGACGCAACACCGCCGUCGCCGUCGCCGAGCGGUCCGCUCAACCCGAUCACCCCAGACCGCGCCAACCAGAAGCGCGAUGCUCGGAACCUCUUUCCCUCCCCGCGCGGCAGCGAGGGCCGCGAGAGCUCCGUCCACGAAAAGAUAUCCCAAUUCAACUCCAUGGCCAUGCAGUCCAAGACUCUAGAGCGCAAGACCGCCGACGCCGCCCUGAAGCGCGCCAUGCUCGGCCGCGAGGAGGCCGAAGGCGAGGCCCGUCGCUACAAGGACGAGUGCAAGGUGCUUCGCGUCCAGCUGGAGAAGGGCAAGGAGAGGGAGCAGCGCGUGAGCGAGAGGCUAGAGACCGUCAUGGAGCAAUACGGCCGCGCAAAGGAGACAUACGCACACACGAAAGCCGCCUGGGAAAAGGAGAUCAAACUGGCCCGCAAAAAGACAUUCAAAAACGAGUCGACCAUCAUCAAGCUCCAAGAAGAGCUCAAGGCCGCCCGCGACGGCUGGCGCGCGUCAUCCGAUAACCUCGACGCCGAGAAGCUGCGCUCGAAAGCUAGGGAAGAAGAAGCAUUCCAGGCUCGCUACCAGAUGGUCAGCAUGGAAGAACAGCUCACGGAAGCCCUCGAGCGCGCCAAGCUGCUCGAGCAAGAGCGCGACGCAUUCAAGACCCUGGCCAAGGAGGAAGAAGUCGCCCGCAUCGCCGCCGAAGGCCGCAUCCCGCUCCCCAAGAACGACAUCGCCCAAGACGACGAGUUCGCGUCGCCUAAGAAGAAGCCGCGCGUCUUUUCUCUCUCCACCGUCGACAUCGUGUCGUCCGCCGCCAGCGAGGAGGAGAUUGAACAACUGAGCCUCCAGGUUUCCUGGGAGCGCCAGCGUGCUGACCGCGCGUACGAGAUUGUUGAUUUCAUGCAGGCCGAGUGUGAGCUGCGCUGCUGCCCUUGCGCCAAGUCCCACAAGAGGCGAAGCAUCGCGUCGCCGAGGCAGAGCCUGGGCUCCAACAGACCAAGCAUCCUGUCCCCGCGCAGGAGACUGAUGCCACCAGCCGAGAUCGCCGACGCCAGUGAUUUGGUCAUUCUCCGUGAAGGACGGGACUCGUUCUCGGAUCGCCGGCCGUCGCUGAGAGCGUCCCAGACCCCUCCAAAGGAGGAGGAGAUCUUCAAGAAGCCAGAGGCCCCUGCCCCGGCUCCGAGGAGAUCAAAGGAGGAGCGGAGAAGCACCAUCUUCUGCCCUCGCGAAGGCAUCUUCCGCACUGUUUCUCAGGAAGAAGCAGAGCAGGUAGAAGAAGCCCGCAGGGAGAAGGAGAGACAGCUACAUGACGACAGUGAGGCUUCCCCCAACGAGCCUCCAACUCCUGUUGACGCCCCUCCAAGAUUUUCCCGCACGCCCUCCCUCGACCCUCCCGCCUUCGCCGUGCUCGCCCAAGAGCGCAUGUCCCUAGCGUCCCUGCUCAACGCACCCCACGGCGGCGGCGACGGCGAGGCCCACAGCGCUCCUCUCCCGUCCAUCCCCACCAUGCCCGACACCCCGGCCCGCCCCGAGUCCCCGUCGUCUAGGAGCCCGUCCCCGAUCCCGGAGGACACCAUUCGGCCGCACACAGCCGCAGCCUUCUACACCAAGACCACGACAACGACCGUCCCCGUCCGUGACGACAAGCCCCGACCCGUGCCCCGGUACGAGCGCGCCCGCACGCCGUCCGGAGAGUCCCACAUGUCCUUCGAUGUCAACAACCCAGCCAUGACGCCGACUAUGACUCGCGAAGAGGCUAUUGCCCGCAUCCGCGAGCGCCGCGGCCGCGCAAAGUCCAUCGCUCAGGGCACCGCCACACCGCGCAAGAAGAUGAUCGAGGGCGCCGGAGAACGGCGAGACGUUAGCGCCCCCGCCGGCCAGCCGGUCCCCAAGGCGAAGGCUUAG